AUGGGAUGCAAGACCAGCAAAAUCACUCAUGAUUACGACUAUGAGAAGGCUCAUUCGAGACCCGACUCGCCCUCCAUCUAUAGCUCGCAAAACCACAGCACACCUUCCCACUCUCGGAACCACUCGCGCAGCAAUAGCGAGGACCGGCCACCCCUAGGCUCCAAGUUCUCCGACACAAACUCUAUCCCUCCUCCCGUCCCUGAGAAAUGGUCUCCUGUGGGCAUGUCCAAAGCCAGACUACUUUCCAUGCUCAAUUCACAUGGUGGGAUGAGAGGCGAGCGCACUUGCUUUUCGUGCAACCGUCCUCGUCUGCCCGACCAACCCUGCUUUUCCUGUCUCCGCGAAAAACCAAAACCUCGACGUCACCGAUCCCGCCGUAACGCUCAGGUAUUGAUUCCGAGGAUGAGCAUUUACACAAAGCAGAAGAGGAGACGGUCGACUAGUAGCGAGACCAGUGAUUCGUCUUAUGAGCAGCAACAGCCGUUACGCCGGGUAGAAGAGGAACAGGCGCCGUGGGUCAAGGCUAGGCAUGGAGUGUUUGUGCCUGCAAGAGUGGCCAGUGAGCUCAGUGCGAGUAUCACCGAAUAUGAGGAGCGCAGUCGACGUAUCGAGAGCACAUCCACCUCUACAACCACCACCCAACAAAUGAACGAAAUGUACGCCCGCGGUGGGUACGUCGUCUCGGCGGAAGCUUACUACUCCAGCUUGCCGCUACCCGACAUCCCUACCCAAUACGCACCUGAGAAUAAAAAGGGUCGACCAAAGGCAAAGGCUCGCAAAGAACCUGUCUGGAUAUGA